UGGGGUUAUUUUUGAUAAUAGUAUUUAUUUUUCAACUUUGUUGAAAACUAAUGUUGCUGAGCAUUGAGCAAAAAAAAAGGCAAUCCGACGAGUGAUGUCUGAAGAUCAGUUCUAAAACUUCAUUUUGCAAUUCUUCAAUUUCGUUUGUCUUUUUUUUCCUUCUUUCUAUUAGUUCGAUUUAUUCAACAAAAGGAAGCUAAAUCGACAGUGCAGGUUUUGAAUGUGAUCACAGUUAGAACGCAACAUUCUUUUUGCGUUUCUAGUUUCGUCAGAUAAGAAGCAAUCAUUACACACAACACAAAGAGGGUUUUAAACUCUUGAUCCCAAAAAAAUAAUGCAAACUACAAAAUCAAGGCCUGGUUCUUUGGAGCUCCCUCAGAAGAAAUCAUCUUUACCAGCUCCCAAACUUGCUAGGAGAGUUAAUAAGCCAAGCGGAGUAGAAUCUGAUCCAAAAACCAAAACAUCACCAAAAACUCAAACCCCUAAAGUAGCCACUGCUGAUCGCCGCUCUCCAAGAAUCCCUCUCAAUGAGAAGAAGAGGACAGGGAGGAUACCAGAGCUUGAAUCUCAGGUGUCUCGGCUUCAAGAAGAGCUUAAGAAGGCAAAAGAAGAGCUAAACAGGUCAGAAGCAUUGAAGAGAGAAGCUAAACAAGAAGCCGAAGAAGCCAAGCAUCAGCUAAUGGAGAUCAAUACCUCAGAGGAUUCAAGAAUCGAGGAGCUGCGUAAACUCUCACAGGAGAGAGACAAGACGUGGCAAUCUGAGGUUGAUGCUAUGAAGAGACAACACGGAAUGGACUCAGCUGCUUUGUCUUGUGCCAUUACCGAGGUUCAGAAGCUCAAGUCAAAGCUCUUCGAGACUGAAUCCGAGCUAGAGAAGUCAAGGUUUGAGGUAAGGUCUUUAGAGAAACUCGUUAGAGACUCAUCAUCAUCAUCAGGGGAAGUGGAAACUCUGAAAGAAGCGAUGGAACUUGCGAGGCAAGAGAUAAGCCAGUUGAAAUCUGCGGUUGAAGUAGCGGAGAGAAGGUACCAAGAUGAGUAUAUACAGAGCACGUUGCAGAUAAGAAGCGCUUACGAACAAGCAGAGGCGGUUAAGACAAAAUGUGCACAGAGAGAGGCAGAGUUAGCUGAAGAGCUGAAGAGAACUGAAGCUGAGGCUUUGAGCAAAGGAUAUGAAGUUGCUGAAGAUUUCAAGAAGCUCGAGUCAGAUUUAGCGGAAGUGAGAGGGUGUUUGGUUGAUAAGGAGAUGGAGUUGCAGAGGCUGAGAAGUGAAAUGGAGAAGAGAGUUGAGACCGCAAACAAUGAAGCCACGGAAGCUGAGCUAAGAAGAGUGAAGGUUCAGUGUGAGCAGUGGAGGAAAGCGGCUGAGACGGCGGCGUCUAUACUGAACAGUGAAGAGGAGAGAACUGAUUCUAUUGAGAAUGGUAAAAUGUUGAAGAAGUUUGGUGUGUUACUCAAGAAAAACCACAAGUAAUAAUAUGAUUCUUUGUUUUGGUUUUAUUUUAAGAUAUUGAAAAAAAUUGGCAUUGCUAUUGUUUGUAAAUUUGUAAAAUUCGAUUUGAUUUCUAUAAGUUUAUUUUCUCUU